GUCGCUUCUACAAUAUCUAUUAACAGUUCACCCUAAGAAAUUACAAUGAAAGUACUAUUUUUAUUGUUUUUUAUAAUAAAUUAUGCGUAUUGCUGCGGUCGAACACCAAGUAUAUAUCAAUCUAGGAAGAUAAAAACACCUGGUGAUAAUGGAUAUCAAAUUAAGAUUAAUGAAAACCCUCAAAAGUACGUUCCGGGAAAUAUUUAUACAAUGUAUCUAAUGGCUCCAACUUACCCAAAUACAAAUCGCUUAAAGAAGUUCACGAGAUUCACAAUUAAUGUCGAAUCUACGAGUAACCGAACGGAUUCUCCCCAAAAUGUAGGUAGCUUUCAGCUAUAUGGGGAUAAAGUUGCAAGUUUCAAUGAGGAAUGUAUUAAUACGAUAUCAGAAGUAAAUACUUCUCCGAAAAGUGAAGUAUUCUUUAUGUGGUCUGCUCCUCCUCCGGGUUCAGGAUGUGUCACAUUUAGAGCCAUGGUUUUGGAAAAUUCUGAUGUUUGGUUCUCAGAAGAUGGAAACCUAACUAAAACAAUUUGUGAACAAAAAGAUGAAGAUUUACCAUCAGACGAUGAAUGUUGUGCGUGUGAUGAAGCUAAGUAUAAGCUUGUGUUCGAAGGAAUUUGGUCCAGUAAAACUCACCCCAAAGAUUAUCCAACAUUAUUAUGGCUAACUCACUUCUCAGAUGUAAUCGGAGCUUCCCACGAGAAAAACUUUAGUUUUUGGGGAGAGGGACAAAUUGCGUCAGAAGGAUUUAGAAGUUUAGCUGAAUGGGGCUCAGUUAGACUCAUGGAAACGGAACUGAGAGCCAAAAGUAAAUACCUGAGAACAAUUAUCAAGGCUUCUGGACUGUGGUAUCCAAACGUUAAUACUAACACGUCAACAACUUUUAGAGUCGAUAGACGUCAUCAUUUGAUUUCUGUAGCUUCCAUGUUUGGACCGUCACCGGACUGGGUUGUAGGAAUCAAUGGAUUGAACUUGUGUUUAAAGAACUGUACGUGGACUGAAAAAUUGGCGAUAGAUCUAUAUCCCUACGAUGCAGGAACUGAUGGAGGCAUAAGUUAUAUGUCUCCUAACGCCGAAACUAAUCCUAGAGAAAGAAUGUACAGAAUUACCACUACCUAUCCUGAAGAUCCCAGAGCACCAUUUUAUGACCCCACCAAAAAGGAAAUGCCGGCAUUGGCUAGAUUGUUUUUAACAAGGGAAAAAGUAAUACCAAAAGCUUGUGAUGACAAUUUUCUAUCUUCGCAGCUUGAUAUUAGUGAAAAUACUGAAGAAACUACAAGACCUGAAUGUGCCGUUAGUGAAUUUUCCCAAUGGAGUGAUUGUUCCGUAACGUGUGGAAAAGGACUGAGAAUGAGGACUAGACAAUAUCUGUUUCCACAAAAGGCUAAUGUAAAUAAUUGUAAUCGGCAGUUAGUAUCAAAAGAAAUGUGUGUUGCAGCUGUACCUGAAUGUGAAGGAGACGCAGAAAAAGAUUCACAAGAAAUAGAUUCUCUUGACAACAACGGUGUUUGUGCGACAACAAAGUGGAGCGCCUGGUCGUCCUGUUCUGAAAUUUGUGGCCCUGGGCAAAGAAUGAGAACUCGAAAAUUCUUCAAUAGAAGUGGAUUAAAAAAAUGCUCUCAUAUUUUAACCAUGGAAAAAGAAAAGUGCAUAAAUCGGGAGUGCAAACCCGGCGAAAUUGACUCAGAUGAUCCUUCGUGUCCAACAACAGCAUGGAGUGAUUGGAGCCCGUGCAGUGCAUCUUGUGGAAAGGGAAUUAAGAUGCGCACAAGACUUUUGUUAGUAGAUCCUUCAAGGCAACAAGAAUGUAGUAGUCGUGUAGAAUUGAUCCAACAAUUACCAUGUGAGGAUGUUCCCACUUGCAUCAUUGAUAUGAACACUGCCAAAGUUGUAUGCAUGCAAGAUGGAGAUCCUGGACCAUGCCAAGGAUAUUUCAACCGAUGGUGGUUUGAUGCUACCAAGCUUAAAUGCUUUCCGUUUGUUUAUGGAGGAUGCAGAGGAAAUAGGAAUAACUUUUUAACACAGGAGCAAUGUUUGGAUACCUGCAAAAUUGUUAAAGAUGCUAUAACAGGAACUCUAGACUCUACUACUUUAUUGAGACAAAAUACUCGCUUGGAGCCAACCGACUGCGUUUUAUCCCAAUGGUCAGAUUGGAGUCCGUGUAGCGCCAGUUGUGGCAGAGGAUACAGAGAGAGGUUUAGGGUGGUAACACAACCAGCUACCAAUGGUGGUUCUUGUCCAAAUGGUCUCUUUCAAAGAAGAGGAUGUUUCCUUAAAGCUUGUUACUAGGUUUUUCUAAUUAAAAAAAUGAUUAUCAAAUUUAAAAAAAAAAAUUACUACUUAAGUAACGAUUUCCAUAUUUUUGCUAUGUAUUCUUUUUGUUAUUUUAAGUUAUAUGAUUUAGCAAACAUUUAAAAUGGCUCUUAGUUGUACCAGUUGUAAUACUGGGAUGAUGGAAAAUGACAGUUAAAUUGAGUGAUUAAUUGAGUGACGUUUAAUAAAGUAUAUAUUUAG